GUUAACCGGCCGUAUAUGUGAUUUGUGAACCACUUUGAUAGCGCCGGGCUCAUGCAGCUGAGCUGAAGUCAAGACAAAGAAAAAAGAGGAAAGAUAUUCUUUAGCUGAUAAUGGAAAAGAUACUGAAAGAUGCUGUUGGUGCUACAACGAUCAAAUCAAUGGGCAGAGCUGGAGGAGGUUGUAUCAGCGAUGGACAGAGCUAUGACACAGACAAGGGAAAAUUCUUUGUUAAAAUCAAUGAACAGAGUGGGGCAAGACAGAUGUUUGACGGUGAGAAGGCAAGUCUUGAUGCUAUUCUAGCUACUGAGACCAUCAAGGUUCCAAGACCUGGACCAGUCCUGGACCAUCCUUCAGGAACUGGAGCUAUAUUCAUCAUGGAAUAUCUGGAUCUUCAAGGUCUUGGGAAACAUUCUGCGGCUCUUGGUGAACAGUUAGCCAGAUUGCAUCUACACAAUAUUGAACUGGGUAAGAGAGCCAAGAAAGAUGAAGGUCGGAUAGGAGCACAUACAUCAGAAGGUUUCAUCAAUCAGUUUGGUUUCCAUACUCCCACCUGCUGCGGUUAUCUUCCUCUUGAUAAUACAUGGAGUGAUGACUGGGUGAGCUUCUAUACCCAGCAACGUCUGAAGAUGCAGAUUGACAUGAUAGAGAAGAAGAGCAGCGACAAGGAGUUGAGAGAGAUGUGGCCUCUCCUUGAGAGAAGAAUACCAAAGUUAUUUGAAGGAUUAGAGAUCACUCCAUCUCUACUGCAUGGUGAUCUAUGGGGUGGCAAUGCAGGCCAGCUAGAAUCAUGUCCAGUGAUUUAUGACCCAGCUAGUUACUAUGGCCACCAUGAGUUUGACCUGUCUAUAGGAGCUAUGUUUCACUCUUUCAGUCAAGCCUUCCAUAAAGCCUAUCACAAACACAUCCCUAAGGCACCUGGCUUCGAAGGGAGAGAGAAACUCUAUCUGCUCUUCCAUCAUCUAAACCACUGGAAUCAUUUUGGAUCAAGCUACAGAGGCUCAUCAUUAUCUAUCGUGAGGAGUCUCCUAAAAGAUUGAUGAAACUAUGUUUUGUGAUCCUACUUGCAUCCUCAGACUGCCAUUACUUACACCUGCAAUUUACCCACAUUGUGAGGGUCGGCGUCAGUAAAUGUAAAAAAAUUUGCUGGAAUUUAAACUUUGAACCAUUUGGUGACAGAUAUUAAAAAGUGGGUACCCAAUGCUCCAGUUCUCCACCAUGUUUUUUUAAGUGCCAAAUUAUCUUAUUAAAAAGAAUAACUGAAGAUGUGCUCAACAAUUAUCCCACUUUAGUCACUUUUAUGGUACCCCAAUUUCAACACUAUUUUAUGCUCCCCAUGAAUUUCUACUUGAUUCAACUACAAAUUUUUAUUUGGUAUGAACAGAAGUAGUGAGAUAGCUUUCGUUCAGGAAUUAUAUUCAUUUUCCCUGCCAUUUGCCUUCCUUUGAUAUCAUUGUAGUUUCUUGAUAAGUUAUUGAAUUGCUUUCUGUGAUUACAAAACAUUUUUUUUUAAUUAUGUGUUCAUGAUUGAUAGUAAAUGUUUUGUUAUCCUUACCACAAAAAGUAAAAUUACACGUUAUGCAUAAAAUCAUCACAAAUUUAGAUUUGUUGGUGCAAAAUGUAAACUUGGUUUUACAGUCAUGCUUUUUUCUGUUCAUUUUAUGUUGUGCUGCAAUGUAUGUGGCAAAUUUAGUUUAUGUGCCUGUUACUAAAUGUAAAGCUUGAGUUACUAACUCAGCUCUGAUCUUUAUUCUUGCCUAUGUUUGUUUGUAAUUCCCACUGUAACUUGAAUUGUUUUUAUAUUACUAAGAGUAAGUUUUAUCUAUCUCUGUCAUAUUCGAUGAAGGAUACAGGGAUUUCAUCAUGUGGUCUAUUAUUAAAGUCUGAUCUAAUUGAAUGGUGUUGAUUUUAGACAAUUUUACUUUAAAAAAUAUUUUUCAUUUAAAUCAAGCCUUUGUAAAAUAUAGUCAGUGUUGGUAUAAUGUACUUUAUAUGACAACUCUGUUCUAUGAAAAUGGUUAUUUUUUCUGACAUUCAUUAAAUAUGCUAUGGUUGCAUACCACAAUGUUA